AUGCAAGCGGUUCAGCAUGAAGGGCUUUCUGGCCUGGUCGAGCAACCCGGUCUGGCAGACUCUGCCACUGUAGCUCGAGACCUGUCGCUUAAAGGCCCGGCACCCAAGAACGUCGCCUUUGAGUUGCUUCUCGAUGAGAACUCCAAAGUCCGAGCCCGCAUUCCGAUGCGCGUUCAGAUCUAUCCUCAUGACACCACAGACUCGAUCGUCACCACGGUCAAAAAUUUCUAUGGAAUAUAUGACGGUACUGCCAGCGGGGUCAGCUUCGAGGAUGAACAUGGGACCACCCUCAUCGCAAGGUACGAGAAUCUCAAGAACAAUAGGACUGUAUACGUGCGAGUCAUUCCCAUCCAACCAUAUGGGGAUCACUUCUAUAACGGUUUCAAUGUCGAGCCUCGCAAGCGGCCAAGUCUGGCAGAGCCUUUCCAGAUGGUAGAUGGAACUGCGCCAUUGGAUCAGCCGUCACGGCCAGCCUCUCGACUUGCAAGAAAGCGCAGCACCUCUCCGUCUAACCGGAGUCUCCGCAGCGCUUCUCAGCACAAGCCUCCCUCCCGCGCGGGUAACAAAAGCCGGACCUCGAGCAGCCAUGGAGGUUUCCAUGAUGAUGAGGACUAUAGCGAUACCGAGAGCGCUUAUGCUCGCAGGGCUCGCAAUGAGCUCUUUGCUAGCUCUGAUAUCAGCAUGGAGAAUAUACUACAAGAUGGUCGUCGGAAACGACCCAAGUUCGAUAGCUCUGAGCUCCCACUGUUCGUUCCUCCCCAAGUGCCCCUCACUACCUCCACCUCCUCCAUCUCUCCCCAACGCCGAUCAAUUGGUCAGGAAGGCGCUGGGUCGCCUUUCGCACGUCCACCGCAACGCCCGUAUAGCUAUCAACAUGCGCUUCCAUCGCCGCAAAGCUAUGGUCACAGCGAAUAUGGCCACUCGGGGCGCAAUACGAUUUAUGCGACUCCCGUGGUUCCGGACCAUGGAAAUCGCAUGCGCGACACGGGAGCCUAUAACAACUCGGGUAGCCGAGUAAGUGGUCCAGGUGUAUUGCCCACACCUGACCCUACUAUUGCAAGCUGUAUCUCCGAUGAGGAUGUGGCGAUGCAAUUGAUACGUUUAGGCGAUGCGUCCAAUUUCUCCCAUGGACGCACCUCUGCCUCGACAAUGGACGAUGCCUUCAGUGGUGCCGCUGACGCUGCCUCGUCCACUGGUGCUACCAGCGAUGGGGAAGACUUUAGCGAGGACGAGGAUGACUUGCCAGCUCGUCGCCAGAGGUUGGACUCAAGCCCAAUGCUGCCGCCGGGGACCAUCAAGCGCCACCUCAAGGGCUUGGAUGACAUCCUUCCCAGUGCCGAUAGCAGCGACCACAGCUCUGAUGGUGCAGAUGAUGGUAUCAAAAGUGAAGCUGAGGAGGAUAUCCUUUACAAGGAGUUUGCACCCAAGGCAAAGAAGCCGAAGAGCCGCCCCACAUCCUGCAAGGUUCGCAGCCAGAAGCCUGCACCUGCGAAAAUGAACAAAAGUAAGACUGCUAUUCAGCUGCGCCUGUUCCACCUCUCAGCCCGGCGUCUUCCCCGAAAGGUCUCGGGAGGCUCGGUCAACUUCCAGCACCAGCUCGGUGCGGAUGAGGAAGACCUUUCCACCAAGCCUCGCUGCCAGCGGUGCCGCAAGAGCAAGAAGGGCUGUGACCGCCAGCGCCCCUGUGGACGUUGCAAGGAUGCAGGCAUUGGACUUGACGGCUGUCUCAGUGAGGAUGAGGGCAAUGGUCGCAAAGGGCGUUACGGUCGCCAUAUGGGUGUCCCUGUGAAGAAGAACGGGGAAGAGCUAGAUGAAGACGAGGAGUUUUCAUUAACGCCUGCGACCCCUCCUAUCUCUUCGUCUGUAGCAGACAAGAAUAAGAAGCGGAAGCGCUAG